CAACCUCUCCUGUAUUCGGUCAUGUCAAGAAAUUUGUUUGGCCGCCCGAGGUGCGCGUGCUGUAUCAUUUUGGAAACCGAGAAAAAUUACCAUCUCUCCAAUAAACAAUGGAUGAUGACGCGGAAACUUACAAAUUGUGGCGUAUCCGGAAGACGGUGAUGCAGCUAAGCCACGAUCGGGGCUACUUGGUAACGCAGGAUGAAUUGGAUCAAACGCUGGAACAGUUUAAGGAGCAGUUCGGCGACAAGCCCAGCGAAAAGCGACCUGCACGAUCCGAUCUCAUCGUACUGGUAGCGCACAAUGAUGACCCAACCGACCAGAUGUUUGUGUUCUUUCCGGACGAACCCAAGAUUGGCAUCAAAACGAUCAAAACGUACUGUACCCGCAUGCAGGAGGAAAACAUCCACCGCGCUAUCGUCGUCGUGCAAGCCGGUAUGACCCCAUCAGCAAAGCAGUCGCUCGUCGAUAUGGCACCGAAAUACAUUCUGGAGCAGUUUCUCGAAUCCGAGCUGCUGAUCAACAUAACCGAGCACGAGCUUGUCCCGGAGCACGUCGUAAUGACGCCGGAGGAAAAGCAGGAGCUGCUCGCUCGUUACAAACUGAAGGAAAACAUGCUGAUGAGGAUACAGGCCGGCGAUCCGGUCGCACGAUACUUUGGACUGAAGCGUGGCCAGGUGGUGAAAAUUAUUCGACCCUCGGAAACCGCCGGUCGCUACAUUUCCUACCGUCUGGUGUGCUGAAAUAGAUUCGCUAAUAAAUUGUUCCGUUUCCGUCCUCCCGGGUGGCGGAAGAAUUCACAAACUA